AUGGAAGCUGAUGCUCAGGCGGCCGAAUUCAAGGUCGACAAGUCGCUCACUAAAGAGGAGGCCUUAAAGAAUGCUAUUCAUGCUGCAGAGCUGUACAUGAAAAUCACCAAACUGGCCAGUAGUGAUACGGAACGGACAAGAUUCCGUGGCAAGUUCAAACAGCUCCUUUCAAAAGCAGAAGAUAUCAAACAAGCAGCACAAUGGACUCCUUCUGUAAGCAAGGACGUCCUCUUGAAAGCACCUCUGUCCAGGAGACAAAUUUCUAGACGAGAGGAAGUUAUACUUCUCGAGGGUUCCAAGUUACAUGGCUUCAAAUUUCCACCUUGGACAAAUGAUCCGGACAAUUCGCUCUUUGAUAACCCUGAUGAGACAUCAUUUUAUACUGAAUCGGCAGACUUGAAGUUAUCGGAUGCCCAAAAGGCGAUCUUUGCGGGAUGGAAAAGACCCCAUGAAAGUCUUGGCAUCCUCACUAAUGAGGACAUCACUAUUUCUAUCGAUGAGAUGGAUUUGGUCCAAGACAUUACCACAGACUGUUCCGUUGUAGCCAGUCUCUGUGCUGGUACUGCACGCUUUAGAAAGGGUCGUGGACAGCUGCUUCCCACAAUGAUGUACCCCUUUGAUCAGCAAAAUUCGAGGCCUCGAGUAUCGAAGAACGGAAAAUAUAUCUUUCGUCUUCACUUCAAUGGCUGCUUCAGGAAAGUCACAAUAGAUGAUAGACUCCCGGCAUCCAAUACCUCACGGAGUCUUCACGUAAUCGACCGUAAUAAUCCAAAAUUGCUCUGGCCAGCUUUGAUAGAAAAGGCAUACUUGAAGGUGCGAGGUGGAUAUGACUUUCCAGGCUCGAAUUCUGGUACAGAUCUAUGGGUCAUGACAGGGUGGAUCCCAGAGCAAGUGUUUCUUCAGAGCGAUGAAUUGCAACCUGAACUGCUCUGGCAGCGGAUCCUCAACUCCUUUGGAUACGGCGAUGUUAUGAUCACAUUGGGCACUGGCACACUGAGUCGUAAGGAAGAGAAGGAGCUUGGCUUAGCUGGCGAACAUGAUUAUGCAGUCCUUGACAUGAAGGAAGUUGGUUCGCAACAUUUACUCUUGGUCAAAAACCCCUGGUGCGAUGGGAUGGUAUGGAAAGGAAGAGUAUUAGUUGCGGAAGAAGAACUAUCAACUCAAACCUGGACACAGGACCUUAGAGAAGCACUUCCAAACAAUAACACAACGAAGCCUGGCACUUUUUGGAUGAAUCUGGAGGCCGUUGUACAGCAUUUUGAAUCUCUAUACCUGAACUGGAACCCCGGGCUCUUCAAACAUCGCCAGGAUCACCACUUCUCCUGGAUGAUUCCCACAAUGAAGAUUCCGGACUCCUUUAUUCACAACCCACAAUAUGCUCUCCAUUCGACGAAAGCAGAGACGGUAUGGGUACUGUUAAGCCGACACUUCGCCACCUCAGAGCACGACAUAGCACAGAACAAAUCCAGCACUCUUUCAGAUACUUCUAAUGCUCUAGGCUUCAUAAGCCUGUACGUCUUCUCCCCCGCUGCUGGCCAGCGAGUAUAUCUCAGCGACAAUGCUGUCCACCGUGGCGCCUUCGUCGACUCCCCGCAAACACUCGCCCGCCUAGAAGUCUCCCCUUCGGAAACCUACACCAUCGUGCCCGCUCAACACGGACUUCCACUUCCCAAGUACUCGUUCACACUUUCCUUUUUCUCCCGCAGUCCCCUAACCGUCGCUCCCGCCCUGGAUAGCCUCCCUCACUUCACCACACACACCGGCUCCUGGACGCGCCACACAGCCGGCGGCAAUGCAUCCGCUCCAUCCUACCCCCUAAAUCCUCAAUUCUCCAUCGCAGUCCCAUCUCCCACGCCAAUAACCCUCAUCCUCGAGAGUGGCGACCCAGAACUUGCCGUACACGUCAAGCUCGUGUACUCGUCCGGCCAGCGCGUCACAAGCAUAAAGGGAAAAGACAUGGUGAUGUCCUCCGGCGACUACCGACGCGGCUGUGCACUCGCUUCCGACCCCUCCGAGUCCGUCGUCCCCACUGGCAAAUACACAAUAGUCUGCUCCACUUUCUCAGCCGGCCAGACGGCCUCCUUCACACUCCGUGUUGGUUCGGCCGUCCCGUGCACCGUGCUCCCCAUCCCAGCUGAGACAGCAGGAAGACUCUCGACGCGCUUGCCAGUAUUAGUGUUCCGCAACGGAGUGGAUAGGACGUUGGCACCGCUGACUGUCAGCAGGCUCACGAAGCUGAUGGUGGUCGUGAGGUCGGGGGCUACGAGUCGGCCGCUUCUGAAAAUUAGUAUCGAGAGGGGACAGGGGCCCAAUAAGAAGAUCUUGGAUGAAAGUUGCGGUGGUGAUUUUAGUGAUGCGCCAAUGGGAAUUCGGAGUGCGGAUUUGGAUUUGAGUCCGGGUGUGAGUGCACCAGGUGGAUUGUGGAUUGUAAUUGAAAGGCUUGGGGGCAGGAAUGAGAUUGAUGAAGUUGAGGUUGAGGUUUUGAGUGAUAGUGCUAUUAGCGUUGGUUUGUGGGGGGUUGAGGUGAAGUGA